UCAAUCCACAUUUUUCUGAUUCUCUUUCCAAAAAGCAUCUCUCUCUCUCUCUCUUCAUUCUAAUAUCCUCUCCUCUCCCAUUUGUCUCUCCAUAUUCUCUCCCACCAAACCCAACCCAACCGUCAAUGGUAACAACAAUGGCCGGUUUCAUCUCGAAAGCAAAAACCCUCUGCCCAACCACAAAACCCAAUUUCAUGUCAUUAACACUCCGUCACCGAUCAUCACGCGCCGCCACAAACCCACAUCUAAUCGAAAUCGACACCUCCUCAUCAUCAUUAUCAUCUUCAGAGGGUGAACACGAGAUGACACUCAAGCUGUUCGACGAUUUGAUUCACCGAAUUUUGGUGAAGAAAGCUACACCUGAUUGGUUGCCUUUUGUUCCUGGAUCUUCUUUUUGGGUCCCACCUAGACCUACUCCUUCUAAUGUUUUCACUUUGGUUCAUAAACUUACUAACGAUGGACAACAAGUUCCGGCUUCUAAUGAUGAAUCUCUUUCGAUCUCUUCUCUUCGUGGUUGGCCUUCUUCCAAUUACUUCAUCAAAGGGAAUGCAUCUGCUCCUGGUGGGGAUACUGGUGUGGAGUUGAAUAUCCCAGAAGGGAUGGAGGGGCCAGUGAAAGUGAAGGUUCUUACGUUUCCAGAUAAUUUAGCUCAUUCUGAAGAUGAGGAAGGAUGAACCGUAAUUUAGUUCAACCCAGUUGCUGUGCCUAAGCUCAAUGAGAAGUCCAAAAAAAAGCGAGGGAAACAGAAAACUAAGCUGUUUGGAGUUUGAGAAGGGCAAUGCAAGCAAUUGGAAAUUCCUGCAGAUGCAGCACUGGUGAUAGUUCUGGAAUUAACCUUCUCACUCUACUUGGUCUCAACUUUUAUCUGUUUAAUCAGUAUAUGUUGAAUAUUUGCCAUGUUGUUUAUGUUGAAUCCUUGUAGUGUGAAAUGUAUGUAUUUAUUGAACUAAUAAAGCUAAAACUUGUGGAGCUUUCCUGAGAACUAGCAGUCACAUGUUCAGUUUAGUGCAUAUAUUAUAUUACAUUGUACAUAUGUCUAUUAAUAAACAUUUCUUUUGGUUACUUGUUCA